AUGAAAAUAAUUGUUCGGAACAAUCGAAUAAAAAAGUAAAAGAAAUUGUUAUUAAUAAUAAGUUACGGGAGAAAGUGGUAGCGGAUCACUUUGUGAAGCAAUACUCAUAAUUCUAAUCGUUUGCGUUUGAUGAAACGUGAGCAAUGAUAGACAUUCUCACCAAGUGAAUGUAUGCACAUUUCUACUUAAAAGGCCAUUCAAAUGAUUCAUAGAAACGAGAAGAGGAGUUGAGAAGGGAAACAGUAAAGCGCAAGUAUAUUAAAAUAUUUUUCUUCAUGAGGAAAAAUGGUAAUCAAAGAUUUUUGAUUAACUUACGAGGAAAUCAGUUUUUUGUCUUCCAAAUUUUUUUGUUGUUGCUGGCAAAAAACUUUUUUUUUUAUCGGGAAAAUGCUUGAACAUCGUUUUUCUACAUAGAAAAUUUCAUUAUAAUAUUCAUACACGUUAAUAUCGCCCGCCAUCUCAACUCAUUGUAAUUAUAUAAGUAAAUAAACCACUACUUUUACUUUAUUACCGCUACUUUUUAGCAUCGUCAUGCUCCUUAUCCAAUAACGAAAGCAGAACCAGUGGAAGCAAGUGAAUCAGGUGAUCCUACACCAUAUGUUUCAAACAAUUCUUCACAAAAUGGCUUAUCCAGUAAAACAGCUGAGUUUGCUUCCAAACCACCAAACUGUACACAAACGGGUUUGGCACCAAAUUCUUUAAAUUUAUUCAUGAUUGACAAUGUUAUGGCUGCUAAUCGUGAUGUUAUGUUACAUAAUUCACUUAAUGAUAUCCAUUCGGCAUACCAGAGUAAUGGUACAACUCUAGUUGAUACAAAUAUUUCAGCAACAUCUCCAUCCACAUUUCGUUACAGUUCUUCUCCUAAUGCGGUUGCCGUUGCCGCAGCAGCUCAGAUGACCAUAUUUUCCAAAUCAAACAAUAGCAUGCAAUAUUUUACACCAUCGAGUGAAGACUACACACUACCGUCAACUACAUCGACGUCCUCAUCAUUACCCGCGCCUUGUUCAUAUUGGCCCACGUAUGCUGCACCGACAUAUUUAAAUGCUUCAUCGAGAAGUUAUCCUCCUCGUUUAACAACAAAUGGCAAUUCCAUC